AUGUGCGAGCCUGACUUUCGACCAUUUCGCUGCAAAUGGGAGUCCUGUACCAAGGCUUUCAAGCGGAGAUCAGAUCUGACGAGACACUACAAAAUCCACACGGAUGAUCGACCACAUCCAUGCACGGCGCCUGGCUGUGAAAAGCGGUUUAUCCAGCGCAGUGCUCUCGUUGUCCACACCCGGACGCAUACUGGCGAGAAGCCGCACGAGUGCCAAUACCUUGGCUGUAUCAAAAGAUUCUCCGAUUCUUCGAGCCUUUCUAGGCAUCGUCAUGUACAUGCCAGAAAACGCCCUCGUAGGUGUGGGCAUAUAGAGUGUCCCAAGGGGUAA